GCGCGUCGAUGGCGCAAAAGGCAAACAUUGCGCGAGAAGGGAAGGCGACGGGUUUCCCCUCCCUCGCCCUUUCGCUUUCGCCUUUGCCUCCGCAGCCAUGGCUGAAGGGAAGCCAGUGAUCCGUGGGCCAGCUUUUCAGAAUUACGGAACUCUUUCCCACAUGCCUGUUGACAGUACACUUGAACCUUUGCCCCCCAUUCUUGCUGACAUGGACAGUCCCCCUGGGUAUGAAGACAUAGGAAUUCAAUAUCUGGCUGGGAAACAUUUCCCUCUCCCACCCAACUUGGUUUCCAUUCAAGGAGAUCAGCCAUGUCUACCACAGAUAGACUGGAAAAUUCCUGCUAUUUCCGAAGAUGAAGCCAAAGAAGCUUUUGUUGAAUAUGUUUCAAGCAAGUGCUGCUACAGCAAAGCCCCAGCCAUGGAGAUGUCCCUUCAGGAUCUGCAGACAUUCAAUACUUACAGAUAUCGUUUGGAAACCUUCACUGAAUCAAGGUCCACAGCUCGGAAAGCAGAACCGUACAAUGGUAAGGGGGGGGCUAGAAUAGUGUAUGCCAGGAACUGGAGACAAACAGAAACACCGAAAAAAGAAGACUGGUUACACAAAGUGCUAGAAAUUAUGUACAUGGACCGAUUUACAUAUUGGUUAAUGCCCAACCACGGCUUACCCGAAAAAGAAACUAACUGGGACCUUGUAAAAGAUUAUCUGAAACAGAUGAAGGCAUGUCCAACAUGUGGAACCUCUGGUAGAUGUCAUUGCCAAAAAUGCAAAGGCACCCGUGAGCAACAAUGCCGGAUAUGUAAAGGAAAAGGAUACAAGAUCAAUGAUGACAGAUGCAACAGCUGUAUGGGAACUGGAACAAACAUGUGCAACGAUUGUUCCGGUAUGGGGAUCACAGAAUGCUCUGACUGUAAAGGAAAUGGACAAGUGCUGGUUUACAUUGAGUUGACAAUUGAAUGGAAGAAUAACAUCUAUAAGCAUGUAUCAGAUCCAAAAAUUGGAUUUCCAACUAAACUCUUUGAUGAAGUAAAUGGAAUGAAGUUGUUUGAAGAUGAGCAACUGAUGGUAACUCCAGUGUUGGGUUUUCCUGACCAUGCCAUCAUGCAAGCCUCCCGGAACGCAGUUGAAGGGCAUAGAAUUCAGUUUGGAUCCACAAGGCGGAUACUGAGACAGAGGCAAACUAUUGAGCUGAUACUUCUCUCCAAAGUGGAAUAUAAGUGGCAAAGAAAUUCAUAUUCCUACUAUGUUUAUGGGAAUGAACACAAGGUUUAUGCAAAAGAUUAUCCUGGAACAUGUUGGUGUACUAUCAUAUGAUUUCCAGGAUAUUCCAAGCACAAUGGAGCAAUCAUACUCCAUUAUUCUGUAUCAUUUCCUAUCUCUGUUUUGUAAACUUGGUUUUUUUGAAAUAAAUUCACUACCAUGAAUCAUAGCAAUGGUGAGAAAACACUAGAGAAACCUAGAUUUUGAAAUGACAUAGAAUAUUAUGCAGCUUGCUAAAAAAGAGGAAGAUACUUCACUAUGCCAUAGUGAAAAUGUGCUCUGGUAUGUUGUAUAAAUUUCUUAGCAGUUUGCUCUUUUUUAGCUUUGUUAAGCAAGCUUUAAUGUAUGAAACAUUAAGUACAGUUUAUAAUAAUAGUUUCUUUGGAGUGACAUUCAAGUUUAGGUUUUAUGUAAUGAUUUGCUUGGCUAGUACUAUCUUGGAAUUACAUGGAAUUACAUUAAUUCAGGAAUCAGCAGGUUAAAUGUUUUUGAAUAUUUACAUAAAACUAUAAUUUAAGAUAAGACUGUCCAACUCUGAUUAAAUCAUUAUUCUCACCUUCUUCAAUGUAAAUGUGCUUAUGUAUCCUUCCAAUAAUAAUAGAGUUAAAUAUUAGAUGUAAUAAUAAUAAUAGAGUAAAAUAAUAAAUGUAAUAGUAACUAUAAUAAUAGAGUAAAAUAAUAAAUCUAAUAAUAGAAUAAAAUAAUAAAUGUAAUAGUAACUAAUAAUAGAGUAAAAUAAUAAAUGUAAUAAUAACAAUAGGGAAAAAUAAUAAAUGUACCAUAUAUACUUGAGUAUAAGCCGACCCGAAUAUAAGCCGACCAGGACCCUCACUCAAGUAUAAGCCAAGGGGGGCUUUUUCAGCCCUAAAGAAGGGCUGAAAAACUCGGCUUAUGCUCAAGUAUAUACGGUAAUUAGGAUUAUUUAGUUUGAUAUGCAAUGUAGAACAAUAUAUUUUUUCUUUUAAAAUUUUUAUUGCACUACACUUUGGCUUGAAGGGUCAGCACUCUAUCGUGUUUUAGUUAGCAUCUUAGUAUUAUGAUUUAAUUUUAGCUAUAUGAGUUUUUUUCUUCUCUGCUUUUUAAAAAUGUAUGUUACUUUAAUUGUGAACUAGAUUUGUUUGUAUUCAAAAUUAAUAAAUAAAUAACUUUUUAAAAGAA